CACAGGAAGCGGCGCAGGGCUCGCUGAUUGGCUGCCGUUCUCUUUGUGUGCGUGCAGCUGGCGUCUGGGCUGCAUUUUGAAUAGUCUCGUAUUGGAAGGCGAAGGUGUCCAUGGGCAGCACAGCAACAAAGGAGCCAGGAUGGUGUUAGUGCACGUCGGAUAUCUGGUUCUUCCCGUCUUCGGUUCGGUCAGAAGUAGAGGAGCACACUUUAGCAGGCACCAGCAUAGUCAUGCUACCUCCUGCCGCCAUUUUCACCUGGCUGCUACGGCAACACCGCUGCCUGCUGAGUUCCCGCCCCCUCCCCUCGCCCCGCCUCAGUACCAGGAAGUCCCGCCCCCUUUCCUACCUCAGGCCUUACAGCAGCAAUACCUCAUCCAGCAACAGCUACUGCAGCGCAGGUCCAUUCUAUUCCUCAUACUGUCGCCUCUCUUCAGACGCACACAGGAGCGAGUCCCGCUGAACACUCAUCGGUUACGCCCAGGAUAUGAAUAUGCUCCGCCCCUCCAUGUCCCUCAGCCAAUCCCACAGCAGCCCAGAUACCUGGCAGAAGGCACUGAUUGGGACCUAAGCGUGGACGCAGGAGUGCCGCAUCAGUAUCCUCUGCAGCAGAUCCCUCAACCCUACCAGCAUUACCUGGCCUCUCCCAGAAUGCACCACCUCCCCAGGAACACCUCCUCCACCCAAGUGGUUGUCCAUGAGAUAAGGAAUUAUCCAUAUCCACAGCUCCACCUGCUGGCGCUGCAGAGCUUGAGUCCCAGCAGACACUCAUCUGCUGUUCGAGAGAGUUAUGAGGAGCUGCUACAGCUGGAGGAUCGAUUGGGAAGCGUCAGCCGAGGGGCCAUACAGACCACCAUAGAGAGAUUCACCUUCCCCCACAAAUACAAGAAGCGGAAGCCACUGGAUCUGAAGUUAUGUGUGAGCGAGGAAGAGUCGGAUGUGGAUGAGAAAUGCACCAUUUGCCUCUCCAUGCUGGAGGAUGGAGAAGAUGUCAGGCGGUUACCCUGUAUGCAUUUGUUCCAUCAGGCGUGUGUGGAUCAGUGGUUGGCCACCAGUAGGAAGUGUCCCAUCUGCAGAGUGGACAUCCAAACACAGCUCACCCCCGAGAGCUGAAACACACCCGGCGAAAUAACACAUUAACAAAUAACUCGCACACACACAUGCUCUAUUUCACUCUUAUACAUCCACAGACAUUUCCAUCUAUAUACACACACACACACUGUAUAUUACCUACACAUGAUGAGCCAUCCAACACACUAAACACACACUCACACGCUUUACUGAGCCAAUGACAAUAACUGACACUACACACUCACACACACACGUGCUGGUAGAAACUAAAGGGUCUGUCGCGAGGAGUGAUUCUGUCUGUAGGGAAAUGGUGUGUGUCCGUAGCAUAUGUGUGUGUAUUUGUGCAAUUCCUUAAGCCAUGAACUUUACUAAAGACCCUCAGCUUGCAUACAAUACACACACUCACACACACACACACACACACACACACACACACACUUACACACUAAAUAUAAUAUAUACACGAUGGCGGAUAAGACACUGUCAAAUCUAGCUGCUGGAGUGUGUGUGUGUGUGUGUGUGUGUCCACUGUAUUUCUGAUCUGCAAUACUGCUUUAGUCUUACACACUGGAGCUACUUCAGCUUGCGUUUGUGCGCUUGUUCACCAUUUUGGUGCGCGUAUGUGUGUUAAUAUUUUCAUGGGUUAGUGGUGCACGACGGUGCAUGUAGAGAAGCCAAAAAAGAACACGCAACAAGAAGAAAAAAACACAAAAGCAACUCAUUUCCGAGAAAGCAGGAGGAGGGCUGUUGUCUUACAAAAAAUAAAGUAGGCGGAGAAUGUUGUGAUUGGUGGAUUCGUGUAGAUAGGCGCAGUAGUAGUUGCAUGCAUCUGUGCUUGGAUUGUUGUUUCAAGGUACACCUGGAAGUGUGCGUGCGCGCGCGAAUGCAUGGAUGUGUAUUAGCUCCUUUAAGCUGUGACGAUCCGUAACAUUAUCAGACUCAUGUAGCGUGUGCGUGUGUGUGUGUGCACGAGAGAGACCCUGCCAUGACCUUUGACCCUAAAUGCCUACUGAAAAAAGCACAUGUGAGCAUAGCUAAAGUGCCCGGCCUCACUCUGGUGCUGCGCUGCCAUGGUUACUGUAUUUAUUAUUGGUAUUUAAACAUGCAGUGUUUGGAGGGGGCGGGGCUUGUGUGUGUCCAACCGUGUUCUUGUGUGACAGGUCUCCCCUCGUGGUUGCUAUGCUGGUUGCUAUGCUGUAUUGCUAGAACUACAAUGUAGAAUGUCGUGUGAUAGAGGACCAUCCGCCAACAGCACAUAAGCAGGUCAAAACGGAUGAGCACGAUGCAGGGAUUAUUCAUAUUUGGCCCGAAACAUACGCAGGUAGUUUUCUGUUUCAGCUCAAAUUUCGUGAAUCUUGCUGAGCAAGUUAAAGUUGACAUGUUUACAGCUAACUACACAAACAAUAGCACAUCCGGUUUAAUGGUGCAGAAGUCUGAACACUGGCACCCUCUUGAGCACUGAAGUUUGCAAAAAUGCACAUUAUGCAAUGCGUAUGUUUCUGGCUUUAGUUGUUUAUAGGAUUAAUCACUUUAGUUGUUUGUUUAAUUUUAACAACUUGCAACAAGGGUAUUUUUUAUAUUUUUUAUAUAGAUAGUUUUUUUCCCCCAAAAUGUCUGGUUCAAUUUUGCUUGAUAUGUAAAUUUGGCAUUUUCUCUUACUGUCUGUUUCAGGGUGUGUUCAAAAUCUAGCAAUCUACCCUAUAUAAGCAGUUAACUAUGGAAGCUUGUUGCCACUUUGGAAUAAAAAUAGUAAUUGCGACUUUUUAUCUUAUUUAGACAUUUUUCACACAACUCUGACAAAAAACUCAGGAAUUGUGGGAAAUAAAGUCAAAAUUGUGAGAGAAAGUGCAAUUACUUGUUUUAUUAUUUAUUCCUUGCAGAAGCAAACAAAAAAAUGUAAACAGAGAUAUAAACUCAGAAUUCAGAGAAAAAAGUCAAUUGCAAUAUAUAAACUCGGAAUUGUGAGAGAAAAUCAUAAAUCAUAUGAUUUGCCCGCAUUCUCCACCAAUUUUCAAAUUAAAAAUUCUGAAAUUGCCUUCUCUAUAAAGCAUACUUUUUAUUUUUGUUCUAUUUUGCUUCAUUUGACCUAAAAGUAGAUUUUAAAAACAUUUCAGUUAAAAAAAAAAAAAAAUCUAUAUUCAUUUCAGCCAUUGAGCUGCACUUUUGCCUGCGCGUUGGCUCCUCCCCCUGGUGUUCUGUGUGCUGAUUGGCGGAUGAUGGCUCGUGUUGAUCGUUUACACAGGGUUAUGUCCGUUGAAAUGCCUUAAGUAUUUAACAAUCAUAAUUUAUUACUAACUGUAGAUAUCGUGGGUACGUAUUUAAUUUUGUAUAGUUUCAUUUUUUUGCAAUGGAAUCAUAUUUUAUUUAUUUAGAAAUAACAUAAAAUGAUUAAAACUCUUACCUCAUGUUUGAGUUGGUUUGCGGGAAUGCUUCGCAUGCGGUUGGUCGUGUUCGUGUGUGUUUCUCCCUUUGGUGCUGUGACCUUACUGACAUUCCGCUUGCUGAUUGGUCAGACACGGCAGCGGAGUGGGAGUAUUAUGGGUUUUGAUUCGCUGUCCUGUUUGCACUCUUAGUUUUCCAAGGCCACCCUCUCACUGGCAUCAUUUACCACUCUGGCGACCUUUGCAACACAAUCUUUCUCUCUUUCUCUACUCCUCUCUCUGGAAGUCUUUCUUACAUUGUCAAUGUUUACAUGAUCUUUACCUCUCUCAUCUCAUGUCUGUCUAUAGUGUCUCUUUCUCUGUUUAACAGUUUUAUUCUUGUUAAUGUUUACAUCCUCUACUUGCUUUCUCUUUUGUCAUGGGUUUUUUUUUCUUUAACAGUCUUAAAUUAUUGUUUACAUUCUCUCACUUUCUAAGGGUGUGUUUGAAAUCUAGUGAGCCACCCUACAUAGGUAGUUACCUUCUAAGGCAGCAUACUAACUGAAAAGAAACCUUAUAAGUGACUGAUUUCAAACAAAGUACAUAGACAUCAACAAAUAUACAGUACACGAGAUCCAAUUUCACAUACACUGGAAAAAAUAAUGGGUGUAGAAAUUUUCACAAGGGAAAAAAACAGCAAGUGGCACGUAGAAUUAAACAUGAAAUAUUUAAGGAAAAAACUGGAAUAUUCAUUUGUUGUAAAGCAUACUUAAAUGUAAGUAAUGUAAAGGGUCAAUAAUAUGCAUUAUUUAUAUAUAUAUAUUUUUUACAGUGUUUCAUAUUAACAUAUUGCUAAGCUAACAAAGCUCUACGGUUAAAAAUAUGUAGUAUGCGCACAUAUUGGUUAAAAUGGUCCACUGUUUUUAAUCAAUAUAUUUGGCCACUGAAUGGAGUAUAGUUAUGAUUUUGCCCGCAUUCUCCACCAGCUAUUGUGACCGAGCUUGUCGCAAUGCGUUCUGGGAUUGAUAUCUCUGUUAAAUAUAUAUAUGUAAUCUUAGUCACUGCAUAGGACACAUUGCAUAUUCUGUUGUCUAGUCUAAGUAGGAGGCUCGCUAGAUUUUGGAACAAGCUCUUUUUUUCUUUUUUUUUCGCAAU